AUGGAGCAACUUCCAAAGUAUAUGCAGAUAUGCUUUCUUGCACUCUACAACUUCAUGAAUGAAAUGGCUUACGAUGCUAUCAAAGAACAAGGCGUUCUCAUUGUUUCCUACCUAAGAAAGGCGUGGGCAGAAUUAUGCAGAAGCUACUUAAAAGAGGCAGAGUGGUACUUCAAUGGAUAUACACCGACACUGGAAGAGUACCUGGAAAAUGCAUGGAUUUCAGUAGGAAAUCCUGUCAUGCUAGUGAUUGUUUAUUUUUGUGUCACAAAUCCAAUAAAAAUAGAGGCCUUGGAAUACUUGGACGACUAUCAUGAUAUAAUCCGCUUGUCGUCAACAAUUUUAAGACUUGAAGACGAUUUGGGAACGUCAUUGGAUGAGAUGAAAAGAGGAGAUGUUCCUAAGGCAAUUCAAUGUUACAUGAAUCAAACGGGUGCUUCUGAAGAAGAUGCACGUAAACAUAUAAGAUAUUUGAUCAGUGAGAUAUGGAAGAAAAUGAAUAAAAGUCGAGUUGCAGAAUCCCCAUUUUCUCAUACUUUUAUUGGAACGGCAGUGAAUGUUGAAAGGAUGUCCCGGUGCAUGUACCAGCAUGGAGAUGGGCAUCCCUCCCAAAGUAGCGAGAGUAAAGAUCGCAUUUUAGCAUUACUCAUUCAGCCCAUUCCCCUUGUGUAA